AUGUCCACUCGUGUACCCCCGUGCCCGAAACUCGUUUUCCACAGCCGUUUGAGCUUUUUCCAGAUCAGUAGCAUGAUUUUCGACUUCUUGCGUCGAGUCCUCCGUCCCUGUGGUUGGGGCGGGCUCGUGGCCCUGCGAGCCUCUUCGACAUUCUACUACAAUGAGUCGGAUUCACCUACCUUCGAGAAGCCCGAACAAGCCAUCACGAUCCAUCAGAAUUCCCAACUGACUCAUGAACAUUUACUGACUCGAUCCUGUGCGUUGUCCGUCGAGAGUGCCUCCACAUUCCUCACCCAGUUCGUCAUGUGCGUCCAAGACACCGUGGCCGACUAUGUUGAGGCUACGGCCGAGAUGGCCAUGAUCUAUUCCGAUUCUGUGAUCGCUCUCACCGAUGAGGGCAGCCAAAGGCUGGCAACGUUGAAGCCGAGGCAUUCAAGACUCAAGAAAGAGGUCCUCGACCUAGAAAUGACAUUUUUUUUCGUUAGAAAACUCUUAGACGCCAACGCCGAGGUGUGCUUUACUACGGGUGCGGAAUUCGCCUCCAUUCAAGCCUCGGAACGAAUUCAUGCCGCCGAGAAGACGGUGAAAGAGCUUUUUGAUCGAGCCAAACUGGUCGAGCUUGAACUCACCCAAGCCCAUCAAUCCCACAUUGCCCAAGUGAAUCGAAUCAUGGCCGAUCAAGAGACUCACAAAGACGAAUCCCAACCCAACCAAAACGGACCGCAUUCCAUCCCCGGCGACUCCACCGUGGAUGAAACCGUUUCCGUCGAGGAGUUUAGUACAGAAUAAUAAAGAAAUGGUAACUUUU